AAGAAAACUAUAACUUCUGGCGUUAAAAGGGGUGUGUAGUGAGCAUUGAGCAAAUUGGAGGGUGGUUUUGGAAUUUCUUCUUUCAUACUGUAAACUCCAGUUGUCAACUGUUGAAGACAACAAGCUCACAUAACAAAAAAGGACUCACAAUCUAAAGCCUCAAGUCAAAAUGUGGAAGCUGAAAAUCGGAUCAGACACAGUAAGAGAAGGCGGUGAUCAUCAAUGGCUGAGGAGUGUGAACAAUCACUUGGGACGCCAAGUUUGGGAGUACCAUCCAGAGCUUGGGACCCCAGAAGAGCUUCAGCAAAUCGAAGAUGCCAGAAAAGCUUUCUGGGACAAUCGAUUUGAGACCAAGCACAGCUCUGACCUCCUCAUGAGAAUUCAGUUUGCAAAGGAGAACCCAUGUGUGACUAAUCUACCACAACUCAAAGUUAAAGAUGCAGAAGAGGUGACUGAAGAGGUCGUGACAACCACAUUACGCAGGGCUGUUAAUUUUUAUUCAACAAUCCAGGCACAUGAUGGUCAUUGGCCUGGGGAUUAUGGCGGUCCCAUGUUUCUACUUCCUGGACUGGUUAUUACACUUUCAAUUACAGGAGCUCUAAAUGCUGUGCUAUCCAUAGAGCAUCAACGGGAGAUGUGUAGAUAUCUCUAUAAUCACCAGAAUAAAGAUGGGGGAUGGGGUCUGCAUAUUGAGGGCCCGAGUACCAUGUUCGGUACUGCACUAAAUUAUGUUAGCUUGAGGUUGCUUGGAGAAGGUGCUGAUGAUGGAAAAGGGGCAAUGGAAAUAGCACGAAAAUGGAUUUUAGACCAUGGUGGUGUGACUGCAAUUACUUCAUGGGGAAAGAUGUGGCUUUCUGUACUAGGGGCAUAUGAAUGGUCUGGAAAUAAUCCACUACCGCCAGAAGUGUGGUUAUGUCCUUACUCUCUCCCAGUUCAUCCAGGAAGGAUGUGGUGUCACUGUCGAAUGGUGUAUUUGCCUAUGUCUUAUUUAUAUGGGAUAAGGUUUGUUGGACCAAUUACACCUACAAUCCAGUCAUUGAGAAAGGAACUAUAUACAAUCCCAUACCAUGAAGUUGAUUGGAAUGAAGCUCGGAAUCUAUGCGCAAAGGAAGAUCUAUACUAUCCACACCCAAUGGUUCAGGAUAUACUGUGGGCUUCUCUUCACUAUGUACUUGAACCAGUUUUUAUGCGAUGGCCAGCAAAAAGAUUGAGAGAGAAGGCUUUAAACACUGUUAUGCAGCACAUUCACUAUGAAGAUGAAAAUACUCGGUACAUCUGCAUUGGGCCUGUUAAUAAGGUGUUAAAUAUGCUUUGUUGUUGGGCGGAGGAUCCAAACUCAGAGGCAUUUAAGUUGCAUCUUCCGAGACUACAUGAUUAUUUGUGGAUUGCUGAAGAUGGCAUGAAAAUGCAGGGCUACAAUGGGAGCCAGGCAUGGGAUACUUCUUUUGCUGUACAAGCAAUAAUAUCUACUGACCUUGUUCAUGAAUAUGGACCUACUUUAAGAAAAGCACAUGAGUACAUAAAAGAUUCUCAGGUCUUAGAAGAUUGUCCUGGUGAUCUAAAUUAUUGGUAUCGUCAUAUUUCAAAGGGUGCUUGGCCGUUCUCAACAGCAGAUCAUGGAUGGCCUAUCUCUGACUGCACCGCGGAAGGAUUGAAGGCUGCCUUAUUACUAUCGACACUUCCAACAGAAACAGUCGGGGAAUCAUUGGAUAUUCAGAAACUAUAUGAUGCCGUCAAUGUUACCCUUUCAUUACAGAAUGAAGAUGGAGGAUUUGCAACUUAUGAAUUGACUAGAUCAUACAGGUGGUUGGAGCUAAUCAACCCUGCUGAAACAUUUGGGGACAUUGUUAUCGAUUAUCCAUAUGUCGAAUGUACAUCAGCAGCAAUUCAAUCACUUACACUAUUUAAGAAAUUAUAUCCUGGACAUCGGAAGGAAGAAAUACAAAACUGUAUAGCUAGUGCUGCAAAGUUCAUUGAAAAGAUACAAGCAACAGAUGGCUCUUGGUAUGGUUCUUGGGGAGUCUGCUUCACCUAUGCUGGGUGGUUUGGAAUAAAGGGUUUGGUUGCUGCAGGAAGGACUUAUGAUGACUGUUCUAGUAUCCGUAAAGCUUGUGAUUUUUUGUUAUCCAAAGAGCUUGCUUCAGGUGGAUGGGGAGAAAGUUACCUAUCAUGUCAGAACAAGGUGUAUUCAAAUCUUCAGGAUAAUAGGCCACAUAUAGUCAAUACUGCUUGGGCUCUGUUGGCCCUUCUUGGUGCCGGGCAGGCAAAGAGAGAUCCAAUGCCAUUGCAUCGUGCAUCUAGGAUACUAAUAAAUUCUCAGAUGGAAAAUGGAGAUUUUCCCCAGAAGGAGAUCAUGGGAGUUUUUAAUAAGAAUUGUAUGAUCAGCUAUUCAGCAUACAGAAACAUUUUCCCCAUUUGGGCACUUGGAGAAUAUCGUUGUCAGGUAUUGGAGGGCUGGAGGCCCUCUGAUUGAUUGUUCAGCUUUUAGCACCUGUGAUAGUGAACCGCUAUCCGAUCUAUGUAUGAGAGCUUUUCUCAAACUUGCUCAAAUUAGUCUAAUCAAAGAUGAGCUUUGUUCUUAAAUUUCUUGCAUCCUCAAAGAUGAGAACAGUGAAACUUACUCUGUGAAAUGAGUUGCCAAUAAAAUAAAUAAAUUGUAAUAAUACUACAAUAUAUAUCCUAUUCACUUGCUACCAUAUUCAGAUUCA